AUGCUACGUCUUCUUAUACUUUUUUGUCUCUUUGGAUAUUCAUCAUUGUCACUUCCCUAUGCCGAAUGGGCCCAUUAUCAUAUGGUCUGGCUACCUAACUCUCAUACCAAUCAAGCUGAUAUUCAAGCAAUGUUCGACAAUUAUCUUGAACAUCGCAUUCAUGUCGGUAUUGUCAAUAUUGACUUUCGCUGGGGAACGAACGUCAAUACAUUCAUAUUCAAUCCGACAAGAUUUCCAUCUCCAAAAGAAAUGCUCGAUGUAUUUCGUCAAAAAGGUAUGCACAUCGUUCUCUGGAUGAAUACAGUAAUCGAUAUCGAUUCGCCAAACUAUCAAUAUGCAUAUGACCAUGGAUAUCUGUUCAAUAAAACAAUCGAUUGGGGACAUGGGCACGGACGACUAUUGAACUAUUUCAAUCUAGAUGCUGUCAACUGGUGGCACAGUCAAAUCAAACAACUAAUCGAUACUGUUGGACCCAUUCACGCAUUUAAAGCUGAUUAUAGCGACUUACAUAUUAUCGAAAUGCUUGAUCCAGAAGUAACUUGGCUAAAAUAUCGAACAGCCUAUUACAAUGAUACAUUUCAUAUCCUGCGCCAGUUAAUCGGCCAGGAGGCCCUAAUUAUGUCACGUCCUGUCGAUUAUGACCUCGAUUUUUCCCCUCACGAUAUUGUGUUUAUGGGUUGGGUAGGCGAUGAAGAGGGAACAUACGAUGGACUUCGAAAAGCUCUUCGUUACAUGCUCGAGAGUGGACGCCGUCAUUAUGUCGGCUUCGGUUCAGACAUCGGUGGCUAUGAUACUGAUUCAAAAGCAGGUCCACUUGGUCGAACUAAAGAACUAUUUCUUCGAUGGGCAGCAGUAGGAGCACUAAGUUCAUUUAUGGAGAAUGGUGGCGGUGGCGAGCAUUUACCAUGGAAAUUUGACAACGAAACAACGAAUAUCUACCGAUCUUGGGUCGAAUUACACUAUAUGCUUGUGCCUUAUCUAUACGCUGAAGGUACGAAAGCUGCUAUUAGUAAAAAUAGUACACUGAUGCGACCAUGCGACGAUAUUGAAGCCAUCUUUAGUUAUGCUUAUUUUCUCGGUCCACACAUUUACGUCGUGCCGAUCCUUCGUAAUCCGGCUCCGAAUCAAACUCAACGUAUUUGGCUUCCGUCAUCACCUAGUGGCAAAUGGCUGAAUGGAUUCAAUACAUCAAUUGUACACAAGGCACAUACAUCUAUCAAUGAAGAUACGAGUCGUCUCGAUCGAAUUCCAAUGUAUAUACAAUCCGACUCACUCAUUCCGAUGUAUGACACCGAAUAUAGUCAGUCACUGGACGCGUUUAAAUUCGUUCUUUGGGGCGAAGGAAAAUCUGUUCAGAGAAAAACAUCAGUGUCGCUAUUUACACGCGACGGUCAAGAGUGGCUACUCGAAUUGGACGUUAUUCGACAACGAUUGAGUACUCGAUUCGUUCGGAUGCAUAAUUCAAUAAAACAAAGUCAACAACAAAUAUGGACAUGGAACUUCUGUCAGUACAUACAUGAACAACAACGAUGUACAACAAAUUGGAAAACGCUUGAUGAUGGUGCAUGGAUCCAAGUCAAACUUCAUGUAUAA